AUGACACCCAGCCCCAUGGACCGGAUUGUUUUCGCCCACGUGACUCAACACAGCCGAGACCACCAGCACCAGCUAAGGGCCAGACGCAUAAGCCUCUCUACCCCUCCGCUCCUUGUUCUGCCCUCCAGGCCUGAAUCAGGCGUUUGGAGUGGUCCCGUCGAGACCCGGAUCGGGAGGACAAUGAGACCUGGUGGCAUUAAAGAAGUGAAAGUGACCAAAACUUCGCUCCCCUCAGAGCCGCAACGUGGUGGAGAUAGCUCCGGUAACUUAGGCAAACAAGCUAUGCUAAUGGAAGCUGGUUUAAUGGAUAUUAUGCUAACCCCGGCAACUUAUCUGAACUUCACUUCUCAGAUGCCUCGCCAUGAAAGCCACGUCCGGCCUGUAACUCAUUAG